CGCAGCGCGGGAAGUCCAGGGCUCUGCGGAAACCUCCCCCCCGCCGGGUUCGGCUGCGCUCUAAUCGAUCGCAGAACAACCGAUCUGCCGGCGCCAUCGAUUCCAUCCGGCUUCGCCAGCCUCGCUCCUGUCCCAACGCGCGCCAGAUUUCCCCAGAGCAGCCGCAGCCGUAACCGUGCGUCAGCAGAGCAGUCCUAAGCAGCUAUGGAGCAUGCAUUUACUCCACUGGAGAGUCUGCUUCCCACAGGAGACCUGAAGUUUUGCCUCGUGAUUCUUAACCAGCCUUUGGACAAAGGUCAUUUUGAUCGUCUGUGGAGCAAAGCUGUCUUGAGAGCAUGUGCCGAUGGAGGUGCUAAUCGUUUGUAUCAGAUCACAAAAGGAAAUCAGGACAGCUUCUUACCUGAUUAUAUCAGCGGUGACUUUGAUUCCAUUAGGCCUGAAGUCAAGGAAUACUACAAGGGCAAGGGGUGUGAGCUCAUAGAGACCCUGGAUCAAGAUUUGACUGACUUUACCAAGUGCCUUCAGAUCCUCCAGACAAGGAUAGAAGAAAAGGGCCUGCAGGUUGAUAUCAUUGUGGUUUUGGGCGGACUUGGAGGACGCUUUGACCAAAUCAUGGCAUCAGUGGAGACUCUUUUUCAUGCAACAAAUAUCACUCCUUUUCCAGUUAUAGUUCUCCAAGACUGCUCCCUCAUCUACCUGCUUCAACCUGGGAAGCACAAACUGCACGUAAACACAGGACUGGAAGGUGAAUGGUGUGGCCUCAUUCCUAUUGGAAACACUUGUGACAACAUAACCACAACUGGCCUCAAGUGGAAUCUCACUAACCAGCUGCUAAAGUUUGGAACGCUCGUCAGCACUUCAAAUGCAUACGACAACUCGGGAAUCGUGACCAUCGAAACUGACAAGCCUUUGCUGUGGACAAUGGCCGUCAAAAGUGAGCCAAAUGCAUAUAAUUAAGCAAAUGCCACAUUUUUCAUUUGAUCAAAGACUACAUUUUUUGGAAAACUGCACUCAUCUGCAGGCACGGAAGGAUUAUUCUUGAAGAGGUAGAUUCUACUUAAAAGCAAGAUUUGGGGUUUUAGAGGGGGAAAGACUGAAAGAUCUUCAAGACAUCAAAUCAAGGGUAGUAACCAGCAUAGUCAAUAUGCAGUAAUAGGCAUUUAAGAUUGCUCAACUCUUUACUCUUUGUAAUUUUCCUAUAUUGUUUGAUUACUACUAAUGUAAGUUGUCUGGAAACACCAGUUUUAAAAGUCACUGUGGUCAGCAGUGAAAUUGUAAUUUAAUAGUUAAAAUAUUCUACCGAGAUAUUUUAUUUGUGGCUUUGAUUCACAUUUUAAUAGUGCCAUACAAAUAUUUACUAUUGUACUUUUAUAGGAGUGAAACUUUACAGUGCGGCAGUGACCAGUUGAUUUUGUGCCUUAUUGUUUAGGAACUUAGGCUGCUUGCAGAUGUUUAAGAAAAAAACAACAACCAACCACCCAACUUCCCUCCCCCAAAAAAGGCAUUUCAUUUUAAGCUUGGUGCACUCCCACAUUGAGCCCAACACAUGCCCAGAAGAGGCAUUAGUUGGACCCAGCCUGCCCAAUAUGUGUAUAGCUCGGGUGCUUUGGUGGGGCUUUUUUUGGUGCUCUUAUCUAAUAGCUAGUUCACUCCGCUUUAGAUGAAACGCCAAAAAGCCCUGCUGAAGCACCCAAUCUAUACAGACACUGUGGAGCUGGGUCAGAGUAUGCAUUAGUUCCUCCAGUUAAAGCGUUUUUGUUUUUAAACGUUUGCAAGCAGCCUUGGAAGCUAAUUGCAGAUUUUAAAGAACAGCAAUAAUUCUAAUACCUGCUACAGCUGAAAUUAUUUUAGAAAUAUGCAUUCAUUUCCGUAUUUCUUUAGGUGUCAAUGCUGGUAUUAAAAUGAAUUACUACUUCCCAGUAUUGAGUACUAUUAAGAAUUUAAUAGAAGGUUAAUAUUCCAUAAUGGUGCUAGUAAUAAAAAAGAUUGGUCUAAUUCUCAGAAAUACAUUAAUGUAGAUUGUCAUUAUUCCUCUGAAGAAAAAUUAAUUCAAUGUUUUUAAAACCAAAUAAUUUUUUUAACUAAGUCGUUUUUAGUUAUUUUUUUAAAGUGGGUUUGGAGACACUGACUGACCAACUAUUUCAUUUGCUUAUGUAAAUUAGUGCAGAAAUGCAUAACAGUCAUUUAAAAGGUGAACAAUUUUUUUAAACCUGCAUUUGAAAAUUGCAAAGCAAAUUUAGUUGGUGGAAAGUUGUGCCCUCUUACAGAUUCAGUAUAAAGCCUACGGCAUUAGAAUCCAAAUCUGAAGUGCCUUCACAUAAAUUAUAAUCUGUAAAAUACAUAUUUAUUCUUGUUUAAAGGGACAAGUAGAAUUUCAGAUAAAUAAUCCAUUUAUUAUCACAUUAAUCUAAAUUAAAGAUUAAAGCCUUUCACUUUGCUUUGUACUAGUGGCAGCAUAUAACAUAGGCAAAUUCCUACUUUUGGAUUUUUUCUAUUCCAAGUUUCAGGAGUUGUAAUAUAGGAAAAACAAUGAAAGUUACCUAAUUUGUUUAAGUGAACCCAAGUAGAGCAGGUUAAAAACCUAAAAAUUGUAGUAGAACACCACCAUGUUCUUGGUGGGCCAAGAGCAGUGUUAUGUAAAGCUAUGUUGUACUGCUAAAAGGAAAAAGCCAAGAAAGCCCAUUCAGACUUAUUCACUCAACUUGGGGCAUAACAAUGAUGUACUGUAGUAAAAAGAGAUAAAAGUACAGUGCUUCUAAAGCAAGAACAAAUAAGAUAUCAAGCUUUUUUUAAAAUCCAAAAUAGGGGUUUAUUGUAUUAAAUAGCAGAUAAAGAUACAUGGAACAUGUGUAAGCAAAAAAAAAAAAAAAAAAAAAGCCCCUUACUCUUCCCUCCCACUAUCCAUCAGGCUCCAGCUUCAGUUGACUGGUCUUCCCAGUAAGUGUUCAGCCACCACUGUAAAACAGGAGGGAGCAAGAUCAUUUUCAAGCAGAUGAAUAUCUUCAUAGAGCCUAGAUAAUUUUAAAUAGAAUGAUGGUACUAUAUUUACUUGCAUACCACACAUACCCUUUUCCCCAAAAUAUAGCCUCCACCCAAAAGCAGGGGUGCAUCUUAAGCAAGGAAGUUGAUUCUUCCUACAGUAUAAAAGCAUCCUACUUUAAUUCCCGCUCCACAGUGCAGCAGCAGUGACAUUACUAUUCAAGUAGCUGAGGGAGUCGAUUCACUUAAUGGUUCGUUGUUCUUCACUGUACAGCUGUUAAUGAUAGUCUCUCCUUUUUAAUAGUCUUGACAUUCUGCUAAUCAAGCUAACUUCUCUUAGGGCAAUUUUGCUGUAUGCUAGCCCCUCUUGGUGCCUCUUCUCUUAUUUCACAUCCCAGGACACUUUUAACUCUGUUCAAAAUUAUAGAUCUACAUAUGGAGACCUGUCUUUAACAGCAGCUAGGGAUUCAGUUUUUAUUUAAGCAAGAAAGGGAAGGCCAGUCAACUAGACAUUAGGCUCUCUCCCUAUUCUGUGCAGCCAUAACUUAGGAAGAAGUCUUUUUUGUUCUUCAUUUUGCCUUCCCAAAAAGAAGGUGCAUGUCUUAGGGGGCAUGCUGCAUCCAAGAAAAAAAAAAAGCAGUAUAUUGUGACUACGUUAAAGUAGGAUGAUUACCUGCUCCAAUUUAUUUACUCUUUAUUCAAAAACAUUUUUCUUGACCUGAAGAGCAGUUAGAUGGCGUUAAGGGAUACAGCUGACAUUAAGGGUUCUGACUAAAUAGGAAAGAUAUCUUGAAACGGAUCUUUUAAGACAGGACUCCUGCUAUAAAAGGUAACUGACCCAUUUGUGGGCAUGGAUUGAAAGCAUAACUACAAAGUAUGGGUUAAAAUAAAGUAUUUCCUUUAAGUGUUCCAAAGCAAAAUGUUAAUACUGUACAAGUCAGCUACCGUCAACAUUAAAAAUAUUUCAAUUCUUA